AUGGACUUCCAUCCGCGCCGGUUCGCUGGAGGCAUCGAGUCUUUGGUGCCCACUCGGGUGCUCCAAGCCAGGUCGUCGGAUAGCUCAGAGGUACCAUCUAAUCCAACCAUUGCACCCUAUACCACCGCGCUAAAUGGUGUUGAUCAGAAUCAAAACAAUCUCUUCAAGGAUAUUCUCUGGACCAGUCUGGGGGCUGUUGCUGUCAUUGUGUUACUUAUCAGAAUCGCAGAACUACUAUGGGCCAAGCUGCGCCAGGUGUCGGCCAUGUCGGUGCCGCGAGACAAGCAGGGCUACUGGAAGAUUUCGCAAUGGAGUUGGAUGCCGGGCAUGAAGAAGCACAUGAUUUACGCUCCUCUGUUUGGAAAGCGCCACAACCGCGAGUUUCGCUUCUCGUCCGCCAUCAACGUCGGCACUCUACCCUCGAGGCUGCACGCCACGCUGCUGCUCCUGUACCUCGCUAGCAACAUUGUGUACAUGUUCAUCCUCGACUGGACGCAGGCCAACUACUACUCGUUUUGCGCCGAGCUGCGUGGCCGUGCCGGAACCUUGGCCCUCGUCAACAUGGUGCCCCUGAUCAUCAUGGCGGGCCGCAACAACCCCCUUAUCGGCCUCUUGCAAAUCAGCUUCGACACGUACAACCUCCUGCACCGGUGGAUGGGCCGCAUCGUGGCCAUCGAGGUCAUCAUCCACACCAUUGCCUGGGCCAUCCCGAGCGUCGCUAACAGCGGCUGGUCUGGUGUCUGGAAGUCGAUAUUCAAGUCGCCCUUUCUCGGAUACGGGGGCCUUGGCACGCUCGCCUUCGCCCUCAUCUUCAUCCUCGCCGUCUCGCCCCUCCGACACGCCUUUUACGAGACCUUCCUCAACCUUCACAUCCUGCUCGCCGCCAUCGCCUUCGCCUGCACAUGGGUCCACUGCGUCACCGCCAGCAUCCCCGGUGGCCUCCCGCAGCUGUCGUGGGUCAUCGCCAUCCUGGCCCUGUGGAUUGCCGACCGCCUGGCUCGCAUUGUCCGCAUGGCGUGGGCCAACUGGUCCGACAAGGGCUUCGCCGACGCCCUGUGCGAGCCCAUGCCCGGCGAGGUCACCCGAGUCACCUUCCGCCUGCCGCGAUACGUCAACAUCAAGCCGGGAACCCACGCCUACCUCCGUUUCUGGAACGUCAACGUGUGGGAGAGCCACCCCUUUUCCAUUGCCUGGGUCGACCACGAGAUCCAACACUCCCUGCCGACGGCCGAGAAGGAGCCCCUCACCGCGAUGGACCGUAGCAAUGCAUUCACCUCGGUGUCGUUCCUCAUCGGCGCUCAGACCGGCAUGACACGGAAACUCUACAACACGGUCAAGGCCUCAGAACAGGGCAUCCGGAUGAAGGCGGCGCUGGAGGGCCCGUAUGCUGGACAUCACAGCCUCGACUCGUACGGCCACGCGGUCCUGUUUGCCGGCUCCACUGGCAUCACGCACCAGAUUUCCUACAUUCGACAUCUGCUAAACGGCUACAACGAAGGCACGGUCGCGACUCGGCGAGUAACGCUUGUCUGGAUUAUCCGGGAGUAUGAAUCCCUCGAGUGGGUGCGCCCAUUCAUGGACCAGAUCUUGCGAAUCCCGAACCGCAAAGACAUCCUGCGCAUCCAAGUCUUCGUCACGCGACCCCAAAACCCCCGCGACAUUGCCAGCUCCAGCUCAACGGUCAAGAUGUUCCCCGGACGUCCCAACGUGCCGCUACUGCUGGCCAAGGAAGUCCAGGAGCAGGUCGGCGCCAUGGUCGUCACCGUCUGCGGGCCUGGUGCUUUGGCAGACGACGUGCGCGGCGCCGUCCGGUCGGUGCAAGGCCACACUGUCGUCGAUUUCAUUGAAGAGAGCUUCACUUGGUGA